UCUGCAAGCAAAUGGUUUACGUGGGGCUGGACUCUCCAGGAGCUCACUGGGCCAUCAGAAGUAGUUUUCUUUGCCAACGGCUGGACGAGAAUCGGCACCAAGCAUGGUCUAUCAUCCAUCAUAUCCAGAAUCACCGGCAUGCCUGCGAGGUUCCUGCUAGGAGAUGUCCUGAGACAGGCUAGUGUCGCGCAGCGAUGUCCUGGGCGGCAAAGAGACAGACAAACAACCAAGGUGGAAGAUAUUGCGUAUUGCCUACUGGGAAUUUUUGACAUCCGGAAGCCGUUGAUAUACGGAGAACGCGAAAAGGCUUUUAGGUGGCUCCAGGAGGAGAUUAAAAGUAUCGGACGACCAGAGUAUCUUUGCUUGGAUGCUUCUCACGAUUCCGGACGUUGAUUCAGUUUGUGACGAGAGCGGAUUACUCGCAGAUUCCCCGGCAUCAUUCAGAAACUCCGGCAAUAUCAUACAACCCAGUGCUUCUGAGGCUGCUAGACGUAGAUCUAUUGAAUUCACAUAUGGCUUACUGCCUCUAAACGUUAGUGCGUACCAUGUGAACAUACUCACCUCUGAACUCAGCUCCCAUAUGCUCAGUUGCUCAGGUCGUGCCCAAGUCGUGCUCAGGAAUUCUCAGAAACGCUCAGAAACGAGCCGCUGCUUAAGUCCAGAGACUAGAUCUGAAGAGAAAUGGAGCCUGCUGUCAUUAUUCUUUGAGCUCAGGUCUAUGUUCCUCUAGACGAUUUGCCAAAAUGAUCACCCUCCAACCUCUGGGCUACGAAAACUCGCGAUAUAUCAUAUACAUGACCAGGAUUCGAAAAUGGGAGCAGGGGAUGCGAAAA